AUGACUGCUGCGACUGAGGAACCGCCGCCCCAGGGCCAUACGCAACGCCACCAGAAUGGCGGGACGCCAUUUAUCAAGGGGCGUACACUCCAGCAAGACGUUCAUGGCUCAAGCGGCCCACCUGAGCUAUCGUAUGAGCUGCCCAAGGUUUCACUAAUCGAUAGAUUCAUUGAUGAACCACGCCCACUCCAAGUUGCCGUCAUAGGCGGAGGUUUGGCCGGCAUCCUUGCAGGGAUUCUCCUGCCGGCCAAGGUCCCCGGGAUUGAGUUGACAAUUAUCGAAAAGAAUAACGACUUUGGCGGCACAUGGUUGGAGAACAUCUAUCCCGGCGUGCGCUGUGAUAUCCCCUCGCACGUGUAUCAAUCUACAUUUGCCCCCAAGAAAGACUGGUCCGACAAGUUCGCGCCGGGCCACGAGAUACGAGACUACUGGCAGUCCGUCGCCCGCAAGUACAAUGUGUACAAGUACGCCAAGUUUGGCCACCGCGUUGACGCUGCGAGAUGGGACGCCGACGCGGGCAAGUGGUCGCUUCGCGUGACGGAAACCAAGUCGGGGAGCGCAUCAACGGUAGAGUACGACUUUGUCAUCGCAGCAGUCGGGCGCUUCAACGACUGGAAGCUGCCCGAGUAUCCGGGCAUGUCCGAGUACAAGGGCACCCUGCGACACGCUUCCAACUGGGAUGCCACGUUUGAUCCGGCCGGCAAAACGGUGGCCGUGAUUGGCAACGGCGCAAGCGGGAUCCAAGUCGUGGCCAAUCUGCAGAAAAAGGUCGCCCGCCUCGACCACUACGCGAGGAGCAAGACGUGGAUAGCGACGAGCUGGGCGGGCGACGAGAGAACCCUCGACGCGCAGCCCAUCUCGCAGGACGAGCAGGGGGGUUUCCAAGACGACGAGGCAUACCUCGACUUCCGGAAGGCGCUCGAGGACAAGUACUGGCGACGGUUCGACUCCUUCUUCCGCGGGACAGCUGAAAACGCCGAGCUCAAGGCGAACUUUACCAGCGUCAUGAAGCGGCGGCUUGCUGGGAAACCGGAGCUCGCGGACCAGCUGGUGCCCGACUUUUCGCCGAACUGCCGUCGACUUACACCCGGGCCGGGCUACCUGGAGGCCAUUGUCCAAGAGAAUGUAGACUACAUCCAGACGAAAAUCCGGCGCUUCACCGCGUCGGGCAUAGAAACAGAAGACGGAAAGCACCGGGCUGUGGAUGCGGUGAUUUGCGCCACCGGAUCGAGGUCGGACCUGGUUCCGGCCUUGUCCAUCACCGCCCACGGCAAGACGCUCGCCGAGCUAUGGAGGCAAGACGGUGUCUACGGGUUCCCCUACACGUACUUGGGCGUGGCGACGCCCGGCUUCCCCAACCUGCUGUUCCUGCAUGGCCCGCACGGCACGGGACCCUCGGGGACGGUGCCGCAUUCCGUGGAGACGCAGCUCGCCUACUUUGCCAAGAUUCUGCGCAAGGUGUCGAGGGAAGGCAUCAAGGCGGUGGGCGCGUCGGGCGCAGCGGCCGACGACUUUGUCCAGUAUUGCGACGCCUUCUUUGCCGACACGGUGCUGUCCGACAACUGCAGCUCGUGGUAUAACGGCGGCCGGGCCGGGUCUCGAAUCCACGGCGUUUGGCCUGGCAGCGCCGCUCACUUGAGUCUGGUUCGGCGAGAGCCGAGGUGGGAGGACUUUGAGUAUGAGUAUCUCGGCGGCGCUGGGAAUCGGUUUCUCUGGUACUUUGGAAAUGGCAAGACGCGAAAGGAGCUGGACCCGGGGUCGGACAUGACGUCGUAUCUGAAGAGCCCUGCGGAUAUGGACUUGAGAGAGCUGCAUGAAAGCUGGUGGGAUUUACCAUAG